AAACAAAAGAUGGCGACUCUUGGAAGAGUCAAGCGGGCGACGUAGGACAGCACAGUUCUCGAUGCUAUGCCCUGGCCACAAUUUCAAAUGUCCUGUGGAAAGUGAAGGACAAUGACGACGAUUCGGCCAUUCACUUGUGAUGAUCUGUUCAAAUUUAACAAUGUAAACUUGGAUCCCCUGACGGAGACUUAUGGACUACCAUUCUAUCUUCAGUACUUAGCCCACUGGCCUGAGUACUUCCAGAUUGCUGAGUCUCCAACAGGGGAAGUCAUGGGCUACAUAAUGGGAAAAGCUGAAGGUCAUAAUGAGUUAUGGCAUGGCCAUGUGACAGCCUUGACAGUGGCCCCAGAAUACCGCAGACUGGGACUUGCAGCCAAACUGAUGAACAGCCUUGAGGAGAUAUCAGAGAGGAAGCAUUGUUACUUUGUGGACCUGUUUGUGCGUGUCUCUAACGAGGUAGCUGUCGAGAUGUACCGUGGGCUGGGCUACACGGUCUACAGGAGGGUCAUCGAAUACUACUCUGGGGGAGUUGACGAGGAUGCUUUUGAUAUGAGGAAGGCGCUUUCACGUGACAAAGAGAAGAAAUCAGUGAUACCGUUGCCUCAUCCUGUUCGACCGGAAGAGUUGGAAUAACUAUGACUCCGAUGGAUUACUAUAGGAACCAAACCAACAACAUGCUGAUGCUUGGAGUUUUAGUGUUUGCCAUUUCUGUUUUUGUUCUAACGCUGACGAUCAUCUUUCAGUCUGUAAGUGUAAAAUACCCACCACGUCGAUCCCUGUCAGACUUGUAGUGGAACCAAGCAACCAUCGAAUCAAAGAGUAGUAACUAUCCUGUCAUCGCUUAAAUCUUUAGGAGUUAUCUCCCUUGAAAUUUGUACUGGUUGCCUUAUUCUGCCAAACCCCUCAAGUUACGAGUCGCUUGCAAACAGUGGUACUUUUAAAAAAUAAUGUAUGAAACCAUAGUGUCCAUCGGAGUAUAAACAUUGUGUUAGGGAAUGAGUUCUUUGUAUUUUGUGGGAAAUGAAAUAAAAUUCACAUUUUCUAUU